AUGGCGACUUCGGAUGCUGCUUCCCGAGACCAAACUCAGGUCAAGAAGAAAGUCAUUGUCGUCGGGGCAGGGGUUAUUGGUCUGACCACUGCGCUAUGCAUCCUAGAGAAGGGUGACUACGAAGUAGAAAUUAUCGCCCAGACUUUCCCGACCGAUCCCAAGUCCGUAAACUACACCAGUCAUUGGGCGGGAGCGCAUUAUGUUAGCUCUGCAGAGACCCGGUCCUUGAAAGCAGAAGCUGCCGGGCCUACUUUCAAGGUGUUCUGGGAACUUUCCCGCCCUGGAGGCGCCGCAGAGCAUUGCUUCCUUCGCCUAAACCAGACGGAAUAUUAUGUCAAAGAGGUUGAAAGUCCCAAUUGA